UUCGGCGUUUUAGGUUAUCGGUCGUGAACUCGUAUCUUUAGGAUUGAGCGAAAACUUUUAACUCAUAGAACCGACAAACGAAGUGCUGAAUUGUGUAAACUACUCACGGCUUUUUAAAUAGAUUUUAGUUUUUUUACUAUCUUCUGAGUACUGAGCAUUUAUAAAUACCACGUAACAAACAUAUUCAAAUUUAAGUACGAUGAGAGCGUAUCGAUUGUUGAAAAAACUGAUGCCAUCCAGUGGUGGUGGCGAUGAUUUUGAAAAGGCGAAAAAGUCCAUACGCUUGGCCAGAUAUGGCUGUGCAAAUAGGCCUUUUUACCACAUUGUAGUUGUGCUUCAACGACGUGAUUGUAGAGCCCAUCCAAUUGAGCAGCUCGGUACGUAUGAUCCUAUGGAAAACCAUAAUGGAGAAAAACUAGUCAGCUUCAAUUUGGAAAGGAUCAAAUACUGGAUGGCUAAAAAAGCACGUUUGACCAAUCCAGUCGCCGAAUUAUUAGGUUUAUCUGGAUUUUUACCUAUACACCCUCAUACUUAUAUGACAGCUUGGAGAAAUAGGCAAAAAAGUAAAACAGAGAGUGAACAGAGCGAGACUGCGACCAAUUAAUGAAUAUUUAAUGUUAUAUAAUAUUUGUUUUCUGGUUAUUUUUGAAUAGUUGAACUGCCAUAAUGCUUUUAGUAUUAUAGCAAGUAAGUACAUUUGUGCAAAAAAAAAUAUUUAUAACAAAUUGUGUA